AUGCAGCUCGUAAACUUCGGGAAUGGCGGAGGAGGAAGUGAGCAACAAGCAGAUAAUUCUGAGGGACUACGUGAGUGGAUUUCCCAAAGAGUCCGAUAUGAUUUUCAAGGAGACUAUCGUCAAAUUGAAAGUUCCAGAAGGUUCGAACGCUAUUCUGAUGAAGAAUCUCUACCUUUCCUGUGA